UCCCAAUGGCUAGAGCUGAGGCAUUUAACUUGGUGCCACUGAAGGGGGCAGAGCUGGGCUGCUCAAGUGCCCCGCACGCCCCGGCUAGGGCAAGAAGCUGCCUCUGGCUUUUCAGGGCGGCUGUUGUCCCGCAGGCUAAGGGCAGGGGCAGGGCUCCAGCAGCAAGUUGCACUCCGGCCAGCAGAGAAGGGAAGGAAGGGGGUUUGUCUCGUGCCUGUAACCCCCAGCUCCCAAGUGACGAUGCUCUCCAGACUCUGGUGGAGCGGGGUGACCCCCCAGCUGCUCCUGGUGCUGCUGCUGCCGCCGCAUCUUCCUCCGGUUCAGAGCCACAGGGCUACUGGGCCCCGGUUUUUAAUAAGCGACCGUGACAGAGACCCACAAUGUAACCUCCACUGCUCCAGGUCCCAGUCGAAACCCCUCUGCGCCUCAGAUGGCAGGACUUACGAGUCAAUGUGUGACUACCAGAGAGCCAAAUGCAGGGACUCAGGUCUGAGUGUAGUGCAUCGAGGCAGAUGCAAAGAUGCUGGCCAAAGUAAGUGUCGAUUAGAGAGGGCUCAGGCACUGGAACAGGCCAAGAAACCCCAGGAAGCGGUCUUCAUUCCAGAAUGCAAUGAGGAUGGAUCAUUCACACAAGUGCAAUGCCAUACCUACACCGGAUACUGUUGGUGUGUCACUCCCGAUGGCAAACCCAUCAGCGGCUCUUCUGUACAGAAUAAAACUCCUGUAUGUUCAGGUUCAGUAACUGAUAAGCCAUCGAGCCAGGGUAACUCGGGGAGGAAAGUUUCUUUUCGGUUCUUUUUAACUCUCAAUUCAGAUGAUGGUUCGAAGCCCACGCCCACCAUGGAGACCCAGCCGAUUUUUGAUGGUGAAGAAAUCACAGCUCCCACACUUUGGAUCAAGCACUUGGUCAUCAAAGAUUCCAAACUGAACAGCUCUAGUAUGAGAAACUCAGAGAAAGUUCACUCCUGUGACCAGGAGAGACAGAGUGCCUUGGAGGAGGCAAGGCAGAACCCCCGUGAGGGUAUUGUCAUCCCAGAGUGUGCUCCUGGCGGGCUGUACAAACCAGUGCAAUGUCAUCAGUCCACGGGGUACUGCUGGUGUGUCCUGGUGGACACGGGGCGCCCCUUGCCUGGUACUUCUACACGCUAUGAGACCCCAGUGUGUGAAACUGACGCCAGAUCGAAGAGCACAGAGAUUGACGAUCCAUUCAAGGACCGAGAGCUUCCAGGCUGCCCAGAAGGGAAGAAAGUAGAAUUUAUUACCAGCUUACUGGACGCUCUGACUACGGACAUGGUACAAGCCAUUAACUCAGCCGCACCUGCUGGAGGUGGAAGGUUCUCUGAGCCGGAUCCCAGCCACACGCUGGAGGAGCGGGUAGUACAUUGGUACUUCAGCCAGCUGGACAACAAUAGCAGCAAUGACAUCAACAAGCGGGAGAUGAAGCCCCUUAAGCGGUAUGUGAAGAAGAAAGCCAAGCCCAAGAAAUGUGCUCGACGCUUCGCCGACUACUGCGACCUCAACAAGGACAAGUCUAUCUCGCUGCAGGAGCUGAAGGGGUGCUUGGGAGUCAGCAAGGAAGGAGGUAGUGCUAGCAGUUUCCCCCAUGGAAAAAGACAAGGCAUUAACCCUUUCAUAGGACGCCUGGUCUAGGAGCAGAUAUGAGUAGAAGACAGGAGGCCACCCGAAGGACGGACAGACGGACACCCGGCUGCAAUGUGGCAUUGGCAACAUCCAGUGUAGCAGAAGUGGCACCCAGAACGUUUGCACUUUUUUUAAUGAUUGGUUGUUUGUUUUUUUUCUUUAAUGCCAUUAUCUAAUACUUUGGGGGAAGGGGAAUGAGAGCAUGACUUUAAAAAAAAAACAUUUGGACAGCUACUGACAACUUAAGUUUCUGAGUUCACGGGGACUCGAGAAGAGAGAGAUUUUUAUAUACUGUAUAUAAAUAUAUAUGUAAAUUGUACAGUUGUCUUGUACAGGGGUUGGGGUUGCUGUUUGGUCCCUUCCCUCGAUUUCAUAGGCUGUUAGGGUUAAAGGGACACCUUGACUUCUGGAAUCCAGUAAUGCAGUGAUGUCUGCAACCGAUCCAUCCUCUGGCCACAAAUUGCUCUCUCUUUCUAGCACCUCCGUGUGCAUAAAAGCAAGUGUAUUGCCACAGCUUAUGCUCACAGAUGUGCACUGCAGGUCCCACUCAUGCAGUAGGCCAGAUGCUUCUUGGGAGUUACUGAAUACACCCAGCUGCCACUAGAGUUGAGGGCCCCCUGCAGUAUGCAGGAUUGGGCCCUUGAGAGAGCAGCGCUCCUUUCCAUCAACAAACUGCAGAUAAGCGAGCAGGAAUGGGUGCAAAGUUCAAACCUGAAUCACGGGAGGCACAAAGAUAGCUCCAAGAGCACAAGGAGGGGUGCCAACAGUAGGGGGGCUCAGCAUAGGCCCCAGCUGUGCCUUCCCUGUACUCCAGUGGCACUAAAGUCCUGCAUCUUCAUGUAUCACAGAGUGAUCAUAGAAAUACCCUCUACCAUAUAUAAGAAUAAUACAAAAGACAAAGCAUGACGUAGCUCUGCUGUGCUCCUGCAGGCUGCUUAAUGCUACAGAUGACAGCACAUAUGUCAACACAGAAAGGUACAGCCAGAGGCCUGUCUCUGGGAGUCUAGUUUCAUCUCUGUCAUUUUAGCCCAGGCCCAUUAGGAAGGCAUUGUUCAUUACAACCUGAACAAUAGCUGCUCGUACCAUGGGUUCCUGUGCUUGCUGUGUGUGAAUCCGUAACUAUCUUCCCAUGCAGUAGUGUGAUAUAUCACAGUUACCACCUCACAUCAGUCUCUGUUCUGAUGUCUCUAGUGUAAGCCGUAAUGAUGCACACUAUUAAAGCCCUGGCAAUGGCUCAGCUUGAACAGGCUGCUGCAUUCAGAGAUUACAGUGACCGUUUCAGCGGGUGGUGCUGGGCCGAAGUUAGUGUCUUGUUCGUCUUGGUUAGACACACGUGUAAAAUCUGUGGAGGGACAGAAUCAUCCAGGUCUGUGCACUAGACAGUGGGGUGCGUGGAGCAUGAUGGGAAGCAGCAGCGCUUUCCUGCUUUGUGCAGCUCUAGCCUGUUUGGCGCACGUUGGUGGGGGGCAUUAUUUACAGCAGCCUCUCAGAUGUCAGACAUGUCAUGCUCUCCUGCCACUCCUAUUUGGACUGCAACCUUUGUCCUCUGCUUUCAUGCACACAUUCUCUAUCUAAACUAGGGUUGCCAACCCUCCAGGAUUGUCCUGGAGUCUCCAGGAAUUAAAGAUUAUGUCAUGUGAUGAAGCCUCCAGGAAUUCAUCCAACCGAAACUGGCAACUCUCUACUACCCGCUGCCUGCAUUCUGCUCCAGUAGGGGAAGCAACUCUCUGGUGACAUUGUUAUCCAUGUACUUCGGCUGUUUGGCUCACAAUGGGGCUGCUGUGUUAUUGCAUAUAAUGUGGUGAACAGGAUUUCUCAUCUCUCUCACCUGUACACCUGCAAUGUGUAAUCUACUCUCAGGCUAAUGAGAAAUGGUAGGCAGGCACCAAUUUGUACAGUGUUUGUGUGGUCUGGGUUUGAAACUAGUCCUGAUUUGGACAGUGGCAAAGCUAUCCGUGCAAUACCAUUGAAGUGUCCUGACAUGGAUCCUGCUGAUAGUGCCAGGCAUCGUGCCAUGCUGUUGUAGGGUGACCCCAGAACAUUGAUUCACAGCAGCACUGCGUUGUGGCAGAGAGGCCUGGCAUCGCACUGGGCUGCGUGGCUUUGUGACAUGGUGUUGUGAUGUAGCACACUCACAGAGUGCUGCGGUGACAUCACUUGGUGACAGCAGUGUGUGUGCUGAACUUGCAUCACAACCCAAAUGUCCCGACAUCUUGACACAGCAAGUUCACACCAUACUGUUCACUAAUUAAAUAUUCAGAGGGAGCAGGGCUCGAUUGCAAAAACAAAUUGCUCAUUGGAUUCCAGAGCUUGGGACCUUCUGGAGGAGAGCAGGAUUGAAGCUGGGUUAAAGUGUUUGGUCUGGAUUAAAAAAUCAACAACAACAAACUCAUGACAAGUGUCUCCCUGAAGCACAAAUCUCACAAACCCACCAUAAAGAAGAACUGUUGUCUUUAGUGAACAGCAGCGCCCGCUGCUGGCUUCUCAUUGUAAAUUACAUACAUUGAAUGUGCUCUUCUGCCUUUUCCUUUUUAUACUUUGGGGAAGGGGGUAUGUGUACAUUGAAAUGAUUUGGUUUGGUGUACAAUGAGAAAUGUCAGUUUCCUCCUCUAAUCCUGUUGUAGGAGUGAAGAAUGAACCCAUCUUUGUAAAAACUCCUUUUCUUUGUAUACUAGUUUUAGGAAUGAUAAGCUCUGGCUGCCGUUCUCACUUAUAGCUACAGCCAGCACGAGCAGAGGGUUGGAUGCCAGGGUGGGCUUUCUCAUAUGGUCUCUGAGAGCAGCAAAUCUUCAGCAGCAGAAGCGGGCUGGUAGAGGUGGUCACUGCCUGUUUGCUCAGGGCAGUAAAACCCCCUAAAUCCAGUCUUGGUGGCUGACACUCUUAAAACUCAUUGCAUCUUUUCUGCUGGAAACUUUAAGCCAGUGAGCUCACAUUGCCUAUUGCCAUGUAAAUCCUUCUGCAACCUUUGUCCUGCUGUCGGCCCUGCCUCCCUUCUCUCUAAAGGAUGCUUAAAAAACAUACCGCACGUACUGUCUGCAAGUUAAUAGUCUGGGCGCCUCUUCAAGGAAGCCAAGCUAUUACCUGUUUGUAGGGCCAGCCUCAGAACCUGUGAGGUCCUAGGUGAAAUCUGCCAGGGGGUUGCCUUCCGGCCUGGUUCUGCUGAUGGAAUGGGAAUCGAGCAGUACACUGCUUCCCCUUCCCUUCCCACUGGAGAAUGAGUCGCAGCACUCUGAGUUGGUGGGUUUACGUAGGGUCCGGAGCAGUUUCUUGCAUGGCUUGUGCUUCACAUUACUGUGUGUGCAUGAGGCUCUGAGUGAUUCUGUGCAGCUGGACCAUAAUUACACAAUAAAUGUGGUCUAGCUUUUUGUGUGUUGGACAGUCACACAGACUCCUGGCCCUGUGGCCUAAAUCAGUCAUUCAGUUGUCCAUAUCGAAACUGCACAAUGGCUGCUGCUCUCUGCCAGUUCUCCUAGAACUAAAACUAGCAAUGUAAGCAGCAAGUCCUCCAGCAGCAAUGCUACCGUUCCCACCAGAGAACCGAGUGCCACCCCUGUCUGUCAGGGGGUAGAGCCGAGCACAUCCUUCCCCAGCAGCCAGGACAAGGGAGAAGAGGCCAGGGGCCCCAUAGAGUAAGUCCACAUCCAGCACUGGUCCUGUUAGAGGGGGAGAUACUUCCUUGUUCACUGAUGACCAGUGAAGUAAAUUUGGUAUUGUCUCCCCCAGCAGUUCUGUUUACAGCAUUGUUCAUUCGGCUGAAAGGUGGCUGGUUGGUUUUGGUUUUGUAAUAAAAUAUAGAUAAAUGUUG